AACAAUAUAUAAACGUCCAUGACCAUCUAAACUAAAAAGAAACACAAGCAAUUCAUUAUUGAUUUCAUGCAUAUAUAUAUACUUCAGAGAGAAAGAUGUCUGAGAAAAGGCCAGAUUUUGGACUAGAAGAAGAAUUGAAGAGAAGGUUGAAGCUGGAUGGAUCUGCAACUACAUCAGCUGCUAAUCGAGAAACCUUGAAGCCUUCAAUGGGAAAAGGAAAUCAAGGUAAAGAAAUGAAGAGAAAAGUGAAGUUUGAUGUACCAGCAAGUGGAUCAGCUGCUAAUCAAGAAAUCUUGAAGCCUCCAACCCAGAAAAGAAACCAAGAUAAAGAAAUGAAGAGAAAGGUGAAGUCGGAUGCACCUGCAAGUACAGGAUCAGUUGCUAAUCGAGAAAUCUUGGAGCCUCCAAUGGAAAAAAGAAACCAAGAAAUGAAGAGAAAGGUGAGGUUUCAUGUACGUGAGAGUACUGGAUCAGUUGCUAAUCAAGAAACCUUGAAGCCUCCAAUGGAAAAAAGAAACCAAGACAAAAAAAUGAAGAGAAAGGUGAAGUUUGAUGUACCUGCAAGUACUGGAUCAGUUGCUAAUCAAAAAACCUUGAAGCCUCCAACCGAAAAGACAAACCAAGGUAAAGAAAUGAAGAGAAAGGUGACAUUUGAUUUGCCUGCAAGUGGGUCAGUUGCUAAUGAAGAAACCUUGAAGCCUCCAAGGGAAAAAAAAAAUCAAGUUGAUGAAGACGGCUUGAAGGCACAAAUGGGGGAAAGAUCCAGUACAUCUUUGUCGUUACCAAGAAGCACUAGCAAAGACCAGACUCCUACCCUCCUCUGGAAGAAGAAAUUAACCUGCGACGAUCUCCACGCCGGCAACCUCAAGGUUCCUGCAGGACUUUUUGUAGCGAAGAGACGACGUGACAGGAUGAUGGUAGUACCAUUUCUGGACAAUAAGGGAGCGGUCUGGGAGAUGCAGGCUUCAUACCACGGGCUUUCAUUGAACUGGAACAAAUUUGCGAAGGAACAUGGAUUGCAACCCAAUGAUGUGAUUUUCUUCUACGAUGAUGACUCCAUUUCUGAGUACUACAUCAUUCACUACGAAAAAAGUGGUGAAGGGCAUUCAGAAUCAAGCUUCUAUGGUAGCAGUACUACAUGCCAUAAAUUCAGCUUCCAUUGCAUAAUGAGCCACACAAGUUUGUUUCUUACUGGCCCAAGAUAUGGCUCUCCCUUCUAAAAUAAAUAUGUAGCCAGAGGUGGAUUUUCUAUCAUCUUGAUCACCUGCAAAGUCAACAUCACAAUAACCGGUAAU